AUGUCGAAUUGGUAUUGGCGAGUAAUUGCCUUGAAGGCUGCCUUUGCGCUUACUUGUUUAGUUUCUUAUCUUCGUGCUGAUGUUACGAUACAGAAGCUACCGUUUUGUAAUCCGCACAACACAAAUAGUGCAACCAAUGAUCUUGUAAUAGUCAGCACACUUGAUGGCAAGCUUACUGCAUUCUCUACAGAAAAUGGAAUCAAGGUUUGGGAUGUUGAGACCCAACCUUUACUAUCUUCGAAUCUUCACCAUGUUGAGUUGACUUCUGGUGGAAAAUGGGUCCGGCUAGUUCCCUCCCUACGAGGCACCCUGUACAGUUUGAGUGGUGAUAGUAUAGAGCCUCUGCCAUUUGAUGCGGAGCAACUCCUGUCAUCAUCUUUUAAAUAUUCGGAUGAUUUAGUUAUUGCUGGUGCUAAGGAAACGUCAUGGCUGGGCAUAGACGCGCAUUCUGGGGCCGUGAUAUACGAGUGCGGAACCGGUGGCUGCAGCAGCGAGGAGCAGACCGCUGGUGCUGGUCGCGACAUGCUCGUGCUGCGACGACAUUCCAACACCGUGAGGGCUCUGGAACCGCGUUCUGGUGGCGAGAAGUGGAACUUCAGCGUGGCAGAGCACCAGUUGGCGGUGAGCCUGCGGGAAUGCGUGGGCCCCAGCCCUCCGCCCGUUGCGGUGUCCGUGGCGGUUGACAUGCCCGAGGGGGUCGUCGCGGUCCGUGCGACGGAUUCGAACGUACCCCUGUGGCAGCAAAAACUCGAGGCUCCCGUUGCGGGAAUGUGGCGUCUGCAAGGGGGGGCGUUGCAACAUGUGGACGUUCUGUGGCAGGCUGCACAUGCCCUCGCCAACGGUGAACCAGCACCACCAUCGCUGUACCUGGGAGUCCAUGAUCGCCAGCUGUACAUCCAGGAGAGCUUGGUGGAAGCUCAGAAGUCGGAGAGGUCAGUGGCAGUGAGGCCCGUGCCGUGGAAGGUGAAGCAGUCGCGCCCCCUUGUGGGCGGGGGUGGCACCGCCCUCUCCCUGCCCCAGCCAGACACGGACACCCUCUCGCUUGUCACCCUAUACGGCAAUCCUGACUCGGGCAACCACGGCUUCUUCCUCUACCUGCAAGAGACGUGCGACCAGGCGGUGCAGGUGUCGGACGAGCAGCUCGCCGGCGCGGACUCGCCGCUGCCCAACGGCAGCGACCAGCUCGACCACCACCACGUGCACGUGCACGUCUACUCGCUCUGGUUCUGGUGGAAGGAGGUGUUCCUCAUCACGGUCAGCACCGCCCUGCUGCUGAACCUGCUCAUAUGGCCGAAGCUGUUCGCGCCCAAGAUGCGCCCGCCCACGCCGCCCCUGAACCAGGAGAUCAUAGUGGUGGAGAGGCACUACGAGAGGCCCCCAUCGGCCAAGGAGUACUCGGGCCGCUACGAGAACGACUUCACGCCGCUCCGCUGCCUCGGCCAGGGCGGCUUCGGAGUGGUCUUCGAGGCGAGGAACAACAUCGACCACUGCUCUUACGCCGUGAAGAGGAUCACGUUGCCCAGGAGGGAGUCGAAACGCGAACGGGUGCUGCGCGAGGUGCGCGCCCUCGCCAAGCUGGAGCACGAGAACAUCGUGCGCUAUUUCAACGCGUGGCUCGAGGAGCCGCCGCCCAACUGGCAGGAGCGGCGCGACGCACUCCUCAUGCGCGAGCUAGGCAGCAUGUCGAUGGUGAACAGUGAGGAGUUCAGCUCGCCGACGGCCGGUAGACCUGGCAGCGUCACGCUCGAGCUGCAGAAAGCGCAGGGCUACGGAGACGCAUUGCCCAGCCCGAGAAGGCCCAGGUCGCUCAGUUGCAACGACUCGUUCAGCAUCGUUUUCGACGAGGACGCGCCGAAGCGUGACGUCAGCGGGGACCCGCCCAACGUGCUGUCCAGAGACCUGCAGAGCUGGAGCCGGGAGCUCUCGGGCUCCGUGCCCUCCGCCGUCCAAUCGCCUCCGUCGAAGAGGACGGACGACGACGACUCGUUCAUCGUGUUCGAGAACGGCAGCGGGAAGGGCUCCCACACGGAGCCCCGGCCGGACCUCUCCAAUCGGAUUCUGGACAAGGUGAAGCGCUGCGACGGCUACUCGAACGACAGCAGCGGCCGCAGCAGGAAGAAGAAGGGCCACACGCGCCAUUGGUCGCUGGACCAGUGCGUGCGCGAGGAGUCGAACGGCGGCACCAAGAUGUACCUGUACAUCCAGAUGCAGCUCUGCCAGCGUGACAGCCUGCACGAGUGGCUGCGCCAGAACCGAACCUGGGACACCAGGCGCGAGAACGCGAACACCCUGUUCAGCCAGAUCGUGUCUGCGGUGGAGUACGUGCACCUCGCGGGGCUGAUCCACCGCGACCUGAAGCCGAGCAACAUCUUCUUCGCGCCGGACGGCCGCGUUAAGGUCGGCGACUUCGGGCUGGUCACCGCAAUGGCGGAGGGCGCGAGGGAGCCGCAGCCCGCCGAAUUGGACGUGCACGCGAGACACACUUACCGCGUCGGUACUCAUUUGUAUAUGUCUCCAGAACAGCUAAUUGGAAAGCCAUACAGCUACAAAGUGGACAUCUACUCUCUCGGCUUGGUGCUAUUCGAGUUACUCUAUCCAUUUGGCACUGAGUCAGAGCGCGUGGCAUGUCUCCUACGUCUGCGCAAAGGGUGCUUCCCACAAAUAUUCCAGCAGACAUACCCAGCCGAAACGGAAGUAUUAAAGUUGAUGCUCAGCGAAGAACCUUCUCAACGGCCAACUGCAAGUGGUGUGCGCGCCCGGGCACCCCUAUAUCAAGCAACUGAUGAGAAGUGGCAUUUCACAUUACCCAGUUUAACAGGCAGCAGUGAGGUUCAACAACAUAAUAAUUAU